CUUGGUGAUCGACGCCAUGAAGACCCUGCGAGAGGCCCAUCUGGAGCGACCUCUGACCCGCGCCCGCCUACCCUCUGCGGUGCUCAUGACCAUCGGAGGCAGCGAGAAAGAAUGUUUGACGGAUAGGAUGGACUUCUACGAUGUCCGAGCCGACUGCUGGCUGCCCAUGAACAGCCAGGAGAAGACCUUUAGAGUUCUGCACGGUUGCGUCUUUCUCAAUGGAUUCAUAUACUGUAUUGGAGGAACUGACCUGAGUAACAUUUUGAGCAGCGUGCGUAAGUUCGACCUCGUCAGCCACACGUGGCAGGAGUUGGUGCCCAUUCACAAACCCAGAAAAUGUGUAUGUGCGGUGGCUCUGAACGGAUGCAUUUAUGCCAUCGGAGGUACUGACGGGCGCGAACAGAAACUUGCAGAGCGGUUCCAGCCGGAAAACAACCGAUGGGAACUGAUCGCUCCGAUGCUCGAUUUCAGGAGUGACGCCUGCGCCGCGACGCUACACGGCAAGAUAUAUAUUUGCGGCGGUCUAGACAACGAAGAACCUCUGUCCUCUGCCGAGUGCUACAACCCCAAGACCAACGAGUGGACGAUGAUCGCCUCGAUGGACUGCGGCUGCGCUUCAGCUCGGGCUGUCGUCUACAGAGACAAAAUAUAUCUGGCUGGAGGCCACAUCAACGGCGCGUCUUUGUGCCGAGUCAUCGCCUACGAUCCUCUAUCAAACCAGUGGAGCACGAUGACUCCCAUGAUCUACGCUCGCAGGCACUUUGGCAUGGCGGUGCUGGAGGAGCAGCUGUAUGUGGCCGGAGGGUACAACAACGAGAGCGACCUCUGUAAGAUGGAGCGUUUCGAUGAAGACUCCAGCAGGUGGAGCACAGUGCGGGACAUGGAGGCGCCUCUCUACGGCUUCAGCUUCUGUGUGGUGGAGCGGCACUUCUACAAUGCUUCAAACUUGCCCAAAUUAACUACAGGGUUCCCGAUAUGUCCGUGAAUGUGUGAUCAUAUGGAGUGUCUUACUACCGUUUAAGAGUUUACUGUUAAUCAUUAAGAGCAAUCAUCAACUGUCAGCUAUUUUUCAAAUAAAGAAAUCUUAUUGACA